GUUACACUGGCGAGUUCCUUGUGGCUCUGUAAAACUACAUAGACCAUCUGCCCACACACAAACACAAGCAUGGCAGCCUCCUCUUCAGGAUACAGCAGAAUGUUCUUUAAGCUAAGGAAAUAUGCUAAUAAAUCACAAAGUUUAUAUCAUACUGAUAGUUUUAAUGUAGUGAUAAGGACAAUAUGGACAUCUGGAUCCAAAACUCAACUUCAGCCCAAAGUCCAUACUAAAAGUCUUCCUCAGAUGGUUGGUGUUGUGGGUCUGGAAAUCCAUGCUCAGAUUCAGUCCACAUCAAAGCUCUUCUCUGGAUCUCAUGUUAGAUUCUUGGCUCCACCAAACUCACUUGUCUCACAUUUUGAUGCUUCAUUACCAGGAACACUGCCAGUACUGAACAGAAGAUGUGUGGAGGCUGCUGUAUUGACAGGCCUUGCUCUCAACUGUACCAUCAACAGGAAGUCACUAUUCGACAGGAAGCACUACUUUUAUGCAGACAUGCCUGUGAGUUCCCUUAGCUGCACACAUAUAGGUGCUUAAUGAAUUUGUCAGCGUUUCUUAGUUUUAUCUUCGUACUCCAAAGGAUAGAAGUGCUGAUGACACAAAUGCAAUGGACAAGAACAUCUUUCCUACGCCUCCAACUCUAUAUGGUUGUUAUUUUUGAUUAGCUGCUUUAUGGAUCCAUUGUUUGUCAAAGAGACAUGUACAUAUAUCCAGCGCAUCACUCUUUCUUUCCCUGGGCUUUAAUGAAGAAGUGAUGCUGAACAGGCAGGAAACAGAAUAGCUGCCACUAAUGUAGAUGAAUAACAGUGUCUGCUCUUAAAAGCUUCAAACAUUCAAGCUCUGGUCCGAGCAAUGUUUCAGCUCUUGUAUUGGAUUUGUAAGGCCAAAUAAUAUUUUUUUUAAUGUCGUUUAAAAAAACAUUCAUAUGUUUUAGCAGUUCUGAGAACCCUUUCCUCCACCAAACAUGCAGUCCAAACUCACCUUUUGUAAAUAUCCUGAGAGCAUUUAGAAAAUAAUUAAAUAAAUAAGAAUGAAUUGUACUGUGAUGCAUCACUCAAUUCAUCACGACAGGAUUCAAUAGUCCUCAACAGUGACUGGCCACUUUUCUCAGUGGCCUUGGUAGCAGAAGUUUUUCUUCUUCUUCUUUUUAUUAAUAUAGGAAUUGUAAAUCUUUUCAACAAGGAGUUCUAAGCCAUGAACCAAUUCAGCCAUCUCUGAGAUUACU